GAGACGAUCAAUAAGUCCAUUACCGAAGUUCGCCAUUUCGGGUUUUGUCCAUCCACUGGCUUUCUCUUUGUUCCUCCUCAACCAGCCGGCAUUAAGAGCUGGGUCUGCUUCGCAAUUUCAUAUAUUUUGAAUUGAAUUUGGAUCUCAAAUUGUUUAGGGCCACGUAGUUACUUCUCAGAUUCACAAUUAUUCCCGGCUUUGCAAGGUGCAAUUUAUUUGUUUGCUCUUGCGCGGAAAAAAGCAAUUUUUUAAAAAAUUUAUUUGGAGGAAUAACGAAGAAUACAUUGAGAAGUGCAAUGGAGGGUGGAGGAGCAGAGAAAGAACAGCAACAAGGAGCAUCAUACACGUAUUGGGUUAGGAAAGUUACAGAUGAUGCUGCGCCUAUGCCAGUACCCCAGAAGCUAACACACGAAGAUGUCCUCUCCGGUCAACCGCGUACAAACACAGUUGGUUCUGUUUGGAAUCGCGCUGGGACAUGGGAGGAGAAAAGCCUCAACAAUUGGGCAACUCAAAGAAUGAAGGAGUUGCUUAUGUCAGUAGGUUCCUUGCAGUUCUCUUCUGGGAAAGCAGAGAUAGAAGAUGUAACAAAAUGUAUUGGCGAUGCAUUUAUGGUGAUAGUUCGAAACAAGAAACGUGUUGGCUACACCUAUGAGUUAACCUUAAAAGUUAAAGGGGAAUGGAUGGUCCAGGAUGAUAAGAAAUUGGUCAAUGGCCACAUAGAUGUCCCAGAAUUCUCAGUUGGUGAGCUGGACGACUUGAAGAUUGAAGUGAGACUCAGCGAAGUGCCUGACCUGUUGCAUCAAGAUAAGAUACAGAUAAAGGAGGACUUGAAGCUAUUUUUGAAGCCUGUAAGAGAGAAGUUGCUCCAAUUUGAACAGGAAUUGAAAGAUAGGUAGAAAGAGUUAGCUCCUGCAUUUGUGAUAACUUAUAUUUAGGUCGUCUCGGUUUAUUAGGGACUACUAUUUCCGGCACUCGUUUCAAUACUUUAUUACAGCAAAAAAAUAUUUCAAAGUGCAUUUAGAUAACCAGGCAUCAUGCUUGGAGAGGGUUAAGCAUUUUAAGCAUUCCUGUGCAAUCAUUGGGAUUUAUUGAGCAUGAAAGUGUGGCUGAAUUUACAGAACUCUGUCUUGUAUUUCUGUUUACUCGGACCUUGGAUUUUCUUUUUACAAACUGUAUUUCGUGUUGGCCUAAAAGCAGCUUUAGCCUACCUUGCUUGUUUAGGGCUCUGUUCAUUCUCAAAUGACUUGUGCAAGAAACAGUCAUUUCUUUGGGUUAA